AUGGCAAGAGUAAAAGCAGAGAUCUUUGAAAUUAUAGGACCAAACAAGAAGUUUGAAGAAAGUGACAUUGACAAUCUACCAUACACGCAAGCUGUGGUUAAAGAAGCAUUAAGAUUACAUCCUCCCCUUCCUAUCUUAUUUCCAAGAAGAGCAAUGCACUACACUAACUUCAUGGGGUAUGAUAUACCAGAAAUCACUCAAGUGUUGGUUAACGUUUGGGCAAUUGGAAGAGAUCCUGAAAGCUGGGACGACCCUUUGGAUUUCAAGCCCGAGAGGUUCCUUAACUCGAAAUCUGAUUUCAAAGGACAAUGUUUUGAGUUCUUACCAUUUGGUGCUGGCAGGAGGAUGUGUGUAGGCCUUCCUUUAGGUAAUCGAAUGUUGCACUUCGUUUUAGGUUCAUUGCUUCAUGAAUCCGAUUGGAAACUUCCUAGUAAUAUCAAUCCUAGAUCAAUGGACAUGAAGGAGCCAACAUUUCAUUGGACCGACUUUAAUAUUACAUUUCUCUAUAGCAGCCAAAAUAUAUCCGGACAAAACGUCAAUGCUAUAAAGAGGUGUGACAGUAUUUAG